AUGCGGAGAGGAGCAUUUCCAGGGGUCUUCCACAAUGGUUUCAAAGGGAAAAGCGGUGAGUGCGCAUGUACGGGCCGCCGCGCCAUAUCGCAAGUCGGACUGAGGGAGACCACUCCAGUUCGCGAAUGGAACCCGGGGGCGCCGCGUUCUCCGCCUGACCGAUAUGCGCGAGCCCGCACUGUAAACACUGUAAAGUCUAUUGGUGCACGGUACUUGUGA